CCGCCAGGUGGGGAUUUAAAGCCCAGACAGCUCUGACUGCGCUCAGUUCAUAGUAAUCAGACAGCAGGCACUGGGCUCUCAGACAUGAAGGUGACUUCCAUAGCCUGCCGGCUGCUGCAUAAACUACUCAGGAAGGAACAUGCCCGCUGCCUGGUCCUGGACUGUAGACCCUACCUGCCCUACUCUACCUCCAAUGUCAGGGGAUCCCUCAAUGUCAACCUCAACUCAGUUCUCCUCCGCAGGGCUCGGGGGGGGACAGUCCCUCUACAUUUCGUGGUGCCAGAUGAGGGAGUCCGGGGACGGCUGCUGGGUGGCCAGAUCUCAGUGAUUGUAAUCCUGGAUGAGAGAACACAGAGGUGUCAGAAACUGAAGAAGGACAGCACAGCUCAGAUUGCCCUAAAUACCCUGGGCAGCCUGUCUUCUGGCCCCAAGAUAUGCUUCCUAAAGGGCGGAUAUGAGUCAUUUUAUUCUGAAUACCCAGAAUUUUGCGUUGAUCAGAAAAAAUUGACUGCAGAGGAAAAUGAAACCGAGCAAAACCUCAUCGUCUGUGAAAAGCGGACUUCCUUCCUCAAGCCAUCAUAUGAUCAGGGCAGCCCAGUCGAGAUUCUUCCAUUCCUUUACCUAGGCAGUGCCCAUCACGCUUCCACAUGUGACUUCCUGUCUGACCUUCAUAUCACUGCCUUACUGAAUGUCUCCAGGAAAAGCACAGACUCUUACAAAGAUCAGUACAUUUAUAAAUGGAUCCCGGUGGAUGACAACCACACAGCAGACAUUAGCAGACACUUUCAGGAGGCAAUAGAAUUUAUUGACACUGUGAGACGUGCUGGAGGAAGGGUCCUUGUUCACUGUGAGGCUGGCAUCUCCAGGUCCCCAACCAUCUGCAUUGCUUACCUUAUGAAGACCAAAAGAUUCCGUCUGGAAGAAGCCUUUGAUUAUAUCAAACAGCGACGGAGCCUCAUCUCACCCAACUUCAGUUUCAUGGGCCAGUUACUCCACUAUGAAUCUGAGGUCUUCUCUUCCAUGCAAGGUGCCCCUGUAGUGUCCUGCAAGAGAGACUCUUUGUCCUUCUUCAGUGAAGAAAUUAACAUUGGUAAUACUUUUGAGAACUCUUGCUUCAGUUUUCCAAGCUCAGUUUUGAACACUGUCCCUCUCAUGUCACCUGUCCACCAAUUAAAACUCAGCCCCAUCACAGCGACGUCAUCAUGCUGAUACGGAUUCCUAUGGACUGAUUAAUAUAAGGAUUCUUUUUUUUUUUUUCUUUAUUUCCGAUGUGCAAUAUUCAUACAUCAUAAGGACAUCUGACUGAUUGGCUACAAUUGUUUGUAUCCAAAGCUUUAAGGACGCUCCAGUUCUUUAUAAAACCAAAAACAUAUUGUGUAGUUUACUGAUGACCUAUAUUUAGGAUGUGUUCUCCUUGAGAAUAGAUGAUGCAUGCUUCAUUUCAUUCUGUAUUUGCCCCAGUUGGAAGUAAGGACAUUACUGAUCUAAUUCCCUAUGUUUCCAGAUCAUAGUAGGACCGGUACAGCUCCGCUCUCCCUUUCUUCCACAGUCACUGCAAGGGUAGAUUAUGUUUCUAUGCCUGUAGAUCUGUCAAGGAUUCAACUGUUUAAUGACUCAAAUUACAGGACAGAUUUUGCUUGUCUGUAGCAAAUAUAAUGUCCAAUUUUUCAUAGUAUACCUGCUGUUUGAAUACACACUACUGCAUUUGUAUCAGCUAGUCAACCACUGAGGAUUUUAGGGUAGUCACGUGACACUGUAUGCACCAUUGAUUGUUUAGAAUCAUAAGCUAAUAAGACAUUGCUCAGAUGUGACGCUGUCUGUCUCAAAAUUGUUACUAUGUUUCGAGAAUCAAAAAGGUUAAAACUAUAGUUAAAGGGGGGGGAAAAUAAGUCCCUGGUAACAAAUUCCAUUCUGAAAUAUUCCUUUACAUGCAGGUAAUUUCCUUGAAGUUUUUGUUUUGGCUUCCAAGGAGCCUUGGCACGUAAACAGAAGGGCACCUCCCCCAUCUCUGUUUAAUCCGAAAGCUCAUUGACUUUUUUUCUUUUUCUUUUCUUCUUCAAAGUCUAUUUUGGGGAGUUGUGCACCCUGAGGGUCUAAUAUACUUCCUACACAAGGCUUUCAGCAAUUUCAAUUAAUCUCAGUUGGAGAAAUUGUACAACAGGAUGUUCUAGCUAAUUACACUAAAGUGUUCCUCUACUCUGCAAUGUAUUUUAGAAUGGGAGUGAUUUUUAUUUCCUUCCUAAUCUUAAUUAAAUGGCCAUGAUAGUUUAUGUGCACCUGUGCUUAUGACUACCUAUAUCCCAGAGACUAUAGGAAGAGCACUACAACAGUCUUUGUUAAAGGCUAAGAAAAUACCCCCAAAAUUUUACAGAACUUCCUCUGCUAACUCAAAGAGGUAAACUCAACAUCCUCCGAACAGACUGUGGUAGAGUAACUUGGGCAUUUGAUAAUGGCAGAUUUUCUGGUUUGUUUUGACUAUGGGAUCUGGAUAAUAGGCAUAACCUGUGGAUCUUUUUUGAACUAAUUCCCUUUCUUCCAGUUAGCUGUUAAGAGCCACAGCCUAUGCGAUUACGCCCUCUGCUGGAAACGCCUACAAAAAUGAGCAUUGCUUAAUAGUGAAGUAAUAUUGCCAUGCCUAAAAUCUUCCCAACCCUUUUCAGAUGUUAAGAUAAUUUUAGAUUAUAAAUUGUUAAAUAUACAGUUGCCGGUUUCCUUUUGAAUUGCCGAUGGUGUCACAGUAGAUGGUCUACUAUAAUUUCGCAUGUAAUGGUACAUUAACCAUUAAAUGUAGAAAUAAUGUUUUUGGUUCAAACAGUGUUUGUUCAUUAUUCUGGGACAGAAUCCUUUUUAAAUUGGUGAUUAGUCUAAUCCAUUUGGGGGCGAAGAGGUUGGAAGUGUACAUGAUAGACUUGUUACAUUGCCCAUUCGAGGGCUGAAGUUAUAACACUGGAUCGUUGCAACCCUUUUCAAUGCUGGAAACCGUUUUCUAUAUGUUCCUGCUCCUUUGACAAUGAGGUUAAUCUUACUACAACUGUAUUAAGAACAUUUUAACCCUUUUGGAGACUCAAAGAAUGGUCGUUCUGGGUCAUCUGUCAAUAUAUUACAGGGUACAAUGCAAUAAUGUUUUUUUGAAAAUGUUUUUUUUUUU